CAUCUCAAACAGGAUGGUUUUGCAUCGGAUCCGUCCAGGAUGCCUGCUGUUGUCCAGAAGUAGGGUGCUGUGGACAAAACAUGACGUGAAAUAUGUGAGGACAACAGCUAGCUGCCGUGAACUCAGCUCAGCAAGUGUACAGCUGCCGUCUGAGGCACGGGUCGUGAUCGCUGGUGGAGGGGUCAUUGGCUGCUCGGUGGCGUAUCAUCUGGCCAAGUCUGGCUGGACUGACGUGGUGCUGUUAGAACAGGGGAGCUUGGGAUGUGGCACGACAUGGCAUUCAGCAGGGUUGGUGGGUCAGAUGCGUGCAAAUACCCUCCACACCAACAUAUGUCAGUACAGCACACAGCUUUAUGCCACUCUGGAACAGGAGACAGGCCUAGGCACUGGCUGGCGGCAGUGUGGCUCCAUGUCCCUGGCCAGGACAACAGACCGCAUGAUUUACCUCAGGAGAACGGCUGCUGCUGCGAGAGCAGCAGGUGUCCAGUGUGAGAUGAUCAGCGCUAAAGACGUAGCUGCUCAGGUUCCCCUGCUGAGGGUGGAUGACCUGAAGGGUGCCCUGUGGAUCCCCGGGGACGGGACGGCAACACCUUCCGAUGUGAUGCAAUCUCUGGCAAAGGGAGCAACGUUACAAGGGGUGCAGAUUCACCAGCAGGUUGCCGUGGAAACUGUCCUGACAGACGCCGGCAGGGUGGCGGGGGUCCGAACCAACCAGGGUGACAUCAGAUGUGAAUACUUUGUAAACUGUGCGGGACAGUGGGCGUGGCAGCUGGGUCAACUGUCCAGUCCAACUGUUCGAGUACCGCUGCAUUCCUGUGAACACUUCUAUGUCGUGACUAAACCCUUCCCUGGUGUGACCAAGAACCAGCCAGUCAUCAGGGACCCUGAUGGCAUGCACUACACACGUGAGUGGAGUGGAGGUGUCAUGGUAGGAGGCUUUGAAAUGAACCCCAGACCGAUCUUCACAGAGGGUAUCCCACCAAAGUUUGAGUUCCAACUGUUAGAGGAAGACUGGGACCACUUCAUGCCCAUCAUGGAGCAGGCCAUACACCGAAUGCCAGCCAUCAAGGAUGCAGAGAUCAGACAAUUUCUAAACGGGCCAGAGAGCUUCACCCCUGAUAUGGCACCUAUAAUGGGGGAAGCACCAGAGCUGCCAGGCUACUUUGUAGCUGCCGGGAUGAACUCAGGAGGAAUCGCCAGUGCAGGUGGUGUGGGGAAGGUCAUGGCUGAAUGGAUCAUCUCAGGGGACCCUCCUGCUGGCACCUGGCCGGUCGACAUCCGCAGGUUUGGAGAGAUGCACAACAACAGGAGAUACCUCAGGGAAAGAAUGAAGGAGAUUUUACCGAUGCACUACCAACAAACCUACCCAAAGCAAGAGUUCCGGACAGCCCGAAGGGUUCUGAUGUCACCUCUGCACCCUCUCCUGGAGAGGGCAGGGGCUGUGUUUGGGGAGACCAUGGGAUAUGAGAGACCCAACUGGUUCUCUAGGCCAGACUCAGAUGACUUCAUGGAGUUGAACAAGCCGACAAAAGGGACGUUUGGGAAGCCGUCCUGGUUUGAAGCUGUGCGAAGGGAGUACUUUGUGUGCUGUGAAAAUGUUGGAAUCGUUGACAUGUCUUCACUUACUAAAUUUGAAGUACAGUCCGCAGGUGAUGAGGUGGUGACGUACCUACAGAGGCUGUGCUGUAAUGAGGUGGAUGUUCCGGUGGGGACAGUGCUGCAUACCGGCAUGCUCAACCACUAUGGAGGCUACGAGAAUGACUGCAGGAUAGCUCGACUCGCCAACAAUCACUACGUCAUAAUGUCCCCACCCAAUCAGAUGGUGCGGAGCUGGGCGUGGCUAAACCGCCAUCUCCCUAGCGAUGGAUCUGUACGGAUCAUGGACGUGACGCGAAGUUACGCUGCUUUCAACGUUCUUGGUCCCAGGACGAGGGAGCUGAUGGCUAGUCUGACUGAUGUGGUCACCAUGAGCAGCCAUAACUUCCCAUCAAAUGUCUGCAGGGAGCUGUGUAUUGGUUUUGCCCCGCGUGUUCGUGUCAUGACCAUCAGUCAUGUUGGAGAGCUUGGAUGGAUGUUGUACGUACCACUAGAGUAUGCGCUACACCUCUAUUUCUACAUCAUGAAGAGGGGCAGAGCAUUUGGGAUCCGUAAUGUAGGCCACUAUGCCAUCACUCACCUGUGUUUGGAACAUGGUAUUCCUUCACUGGGACCUGACCUUCAUCCAUCUGUCACGCCAUUUAAAUGCCAUCAGGAGCAAAGUGUCAAAUUAGACAAGGACUUCAUUGGUCGAUCUGCCCUGCUCAAACAGAAGCAGGAGGGAGUGAGGCAGAAAUUUGUCAUGUUCCUAUUGGACAAUCAUGACCUGGAGAAUGACCUUUGGCCUUGGGGAGGGGAGCCAAUCUGGGAGGGUGGAAGGGUCGUUGGCAGGACGACGUCAGCAGGCUAUGGAUACACUCUGAAGAAACAGAUCUGCCUUGGUUUUGUGCAUGACCAAGAUGCCAUGAAGGAAGAGGGGAGGGUAGUCACUGAUGACUUCAUAACAAAGAACAAGUUUGAGGUUGAGAUUGCUGGGAAACGUUUCUCUGCCACAGCCUCAUUGAUAUCAGAUCACUUGAAACUUUGAAAGACCUGUCCUCAGGACUGAACACCAUCUACACAAUCCAGGAGACCUGUCCUUGGUGCUGAACACCAUCUACACAAUCCAGGAGACCUGUCCUUGGUGCUGAACACCAUCUACACAAUCCAGGAGACCUGUCCUUGGUGCUGAACACCAUCUACACAAUCCAGGAGACCUUUCCUUGGUGCUGAUCACCAUCUACACAAUCCAGGAGACCUUUCCUUGGUGCUGAACACCAUCUACACAAUCCAGGAGAGCUGUCCUUGGUGCUUAACACCAUCUACACAAUCCAGGAGAGCUGUCCUUGGUGCUGAACACAAUCCAGGAUACCUGUCCUUGGUGCUGAAAACAAUCUGGGAGACCUUCCUUGGUACUGAACACUAU